ACCGGAAAUGUGUCACUUACUGGCUCGCUCAUAGGUCUCGCUUGGUUUGUUUAUAUCAGCCACUGUAGAGUUCACGUGGAUUAAAGUCAGGCUGAGCAUGUCACUGAGAUACUCUCCGAAUCUCUUACUGAGACUCUGUGGUGGGACUUUAAAGACCUGCUCGUGUUUGAGUACCACUAGGAGACAAUACAGCACAGACAGAGUAAGAGCUCAGAGGAGGGUUGUCAUCACAGGCAUCGGACUCGUUUCACCCCUCGGAACAGGAAGUGCUCUUCCUUGGCAGCGUCUGAUUGGUGGAGAGAGUGGUUUGGUUGCUCUGGAUGCAGAUGAAUAUAAAACAGUGCCAUGCAAGGUGGCAGCUCGUGUUCCCAGAGGAGAUAAAGAUGGAGAUUUUAAAGAGGACACGUUUGUAUCCAAAGGGGAGAUCAACAGUAUGUCUCCAGCCACAGUUAUGGCAAUAGGUGCUGCCCAGCUGGCCCUAGAGGAUUGUGGGUGGUUUCCCAACAGCCUUGAGGAACAGCUUAGCACUGGUGUUGCGGUGGGCAUGGGUAUGGUUUCUCUGGAGGAGAUUGCGCGAACGGCGGCUGCAUUUCAAACACGUGGCUACAACAAGGUCAGUCCGUUCUUUGUACCUCGCAUCCUGGUCAACAUGGCCGCCGGCCACAUAAGCAUCAGACACAAACUGAAGGGUCCCAAUCAUGCUGUUUCAACUGCAUGCACCACAGGGGCGCAUGCUAUCGGAGACGCCGCCCGUUUUAUCGCUCACGGUGAUGCUGUGGUGAUGCUCGCCGGUGGCACGGAGGCAUGCGUCGGCCCGCUAUCUAUAGCAGGGUUCUCUCGUGCUCGGGCCCUAAGCACCAGCUGGAACAAGGAACCCAGACUGGCUUCUCGUCCAUUUCACCCAGAGAGAGAUGGGUUUGUGAUGGGUGAGGGGGCAGCAGUGCUUGUUCUAGAGGAGUAUGGGCACGCCCGUCAGAGAGGUGCUCGGGUUUAUGCAGAGGUGCUGGGCUACGGGCUCUCUGGAGACGCCAGUCACAUCACAGCACCAACCGCAGAUGGAGACGGAGCCUUCAGGUGCAUGGCCGCUGCGAUUCGUGACGCUGGAGUAUUUGCCUCAGACGUGACAUACGUCAAUGCCCACGCGACUUCCACACCGCUAGGAGAUGCCGCUGAGAACAAGGCCAUUAAAAGAUUGUUUCAGCAGCAUGCACAUUCACUGGCUGUGUCCUCUACUAAAGGUGCCACAGGUCAUCUUCUGGGAGCCGCAGGUGCGCUGGAGGCAGCGUUCACGGCGCUGGCGUGUUACCAUGGCACCCUGCCUCCAACGCUGAAUCUGGACCGAACAGACCCAGAGUUUGACUUGAAUUAUGUGCCUUGCACAGCACAGUCUUGGAACACCAGUGGACAGAGAAUAGCUUUAACAAACUCAUUUGGGUUCGGAGGAACAAACGCAGCACUGUGUCUUGCUAGUGUGUGAAAUGUUAUUGGGGCUGAUAUAAACAUUUGGUUACACUGAUAUCUUUGCACAAAUCUUCUGUUCUAUCAGUUAUGUAACAUAGAUCAUCAUAUAGUGUCUGUUAUUAUUGAGUUAACACUGAAUGAAUUGGAAAAUCAAGACCGCAUGCUGAAUGAAGGACAUUUUGUGUUGUGUUGUGUUUUGGCCCACUCCCUGUGUUUUUUUUUUUUUUGCAUGUUUGCCACACUCUAAUGUUUCAGAUCAUGAAACAACAAAUUUAAAUAUUGAUCAAAAAUAACACAAGUAAACAUAACAUGCAGUUUUUAAAUGAAGGUUUUUAUUAGGAAGGGAAAACAAAAUCCAAACACACAUGGCCUUGUGUGAAAAAGUGCUUUGAUUAAUAUUUACAUUUGAUUCAUGAUCUGAAACAUUUAAGUGUGACAAACAUGCUAAGAAAUAAAAAAGUAAUAUGUAUGUAUGUGUUUGUAUGUUAUAUGUAUGUUGUAUGUAUGUAUGUAUGUUCAGUGCCAACAGCAUACAUAUUGCAUACUAAAAAGAGUAUGAUUAUGUCAGUAUAUUGUAUUAAAUUUAUAUUUUUUAUAGUUUAUUAAAAAAAUAAAAAUAAACGAAAUGUCGUAUUACUUAUAAAAAUAAAUGUAUUUACUACAGAUUU